AACUUGAUUGGAGUCGAUGUUCCGCGCGAGGUAUCGUUUAGGAGUGGACGACGACGACGACUACGUCGAGUAAUUGAACUCGCUUGGCGUGAAUUAGAAGGCUCUUAGAUUUGAGACGACAAGGUGGUCGACUGGAAGACCACGGCUACGAGAAGUAAAACCGGGGCUAUGUAGGAGCGAGCGAUUUUUAGAUGCACAGGUGAACGUCAUGGGUUUAUGUGCGCGAGUUGACGUUGUGUACUGAAGUCUUUGUUAUAUGAAUGAACAUGGUUACUCUGUAACCGGAACAGCUGAAGAGGUUUUGGCUUUCGGCGCACAUCCGGUAUUCGAAUUUGGCUGUCAGUUAUGGUUGAAGUGGAAGACGAUUUUGACUUGGUUUUUGAGGACGAGUCAUUUCUUUCAGCUGUUGCCGCUGCGGAAACUCAACAUUUGCAGCAGCGCUCAUCGAGUUACGGAUUUGAUGGAGAAGACUUUGUUGGCAAGAGGAAGGAGAAUUGGGAAGAGAGCGUCAACACCCACUCACACCCGUCGUUUAUUGGCGGAAACCACAUUCCUGGUGACAAGAGAAGGCGGACAAACGAUGACAGCGAAUACGGCAGGCCACCCCCUCCAGUUUACCGACAAGAGAAUGUGGAAGCAAGUAGUGAAACUGAACCAGAAGGAGAGUACAUGGCAGCGCUACGAGGGAACAACAGCGAGAUGUGGCUUAAAUUUUCCCGUGGAAGGGGAUCUGGCGGAUACUCAAGUCGAGGAGGAGCUUCUAGCUUUGCAGGAAACGCCCCUGUGACUGCAGGAGGAAGAGGCGGUGCCACAGGUACCUGUUAUAAAUGUGGACUUGAAGGUCAUUGGGCUCGAGAAUGUUCCAAAGGCAAUGUUGGUGGCGGUUUCGCUGCUCAAGGUGGAGGAUCACUAAACGACGAAGAGGAUGUUCCGGAAAAGAAUUGUCCUUGUGGAGCGGGCGCAUGCGUUGUUCUGAAGGCGAGCACGGAGAAAAACUUGGGACGCAGAUUUUACAAGUGUCCCUUGAAGAGAGAUGAAGGACAAUGCACCUUCUUUGAAUGGUGUGAUGGUGGCGGUCAAGGCUUUUCAACCGAUAGAGCUCCGGCACAAGACUUCCCUCAAAUGGAGUGCAAAUGUGGAGGUGGACUUUGUAUAACACGUACUGCCAAGACGGAGAAAAACAACGGCCGCGCAUUUUACAAAUGUCCCCAGCCUCAGGAACACUCUUGCGGAUUCUUUCAGUGGUGUGAUGAAGCAGGCAAGGACAUCAGUAGGGUCAGUACUGCAGCAUCGAGUGGAAAUUUUGCUUCCUCAGGAAAUCCUGGAGCUGGAAAUUGUUACAAAUGCGGUCUAGGUGGACAUUGGGCUAAGGAUUGUAGCAGCCAAGGCGCUGGUGGGGUUGGAAAUAACAGUGCGUAUACCCCUGGAACGAGAAUUGGUUCUGGUAACUUUGGAGGCGGGCUAAACCCAGCUGGAGGACGAACUUGUUAUAAGUGUGGUCAAGGAGGUCACUGGGUCACAGACUGCCCAAAUGAAGCAGGAGGAGGAGGAGGUGUGGGUGGUGGUCAAGCUUACAACUCUGCCCGAACACCUGAAACCAAGAAGACAGAACCUUGUUAUAAAUGUGGUCGUCAGGGUCAUUGGGCCUCCUCCUGUCCAAAUUCCGGAGGUGGUGUCUCUUCGGUACCAAGACAGUCUACUGGGAGCGGACCACAAACCGGAGGGAGCAGCUGCUACAAAUGUGGUGAAGUAGGUCAUUGGUCUAGCAAGUGUCCCAGAGCGUCCGGAGGUUUUAGAUGAGGCUCGCUAGUUUAAAUAGGACAACAUGGUUUUGACGACAUGAAGGCUGUUGUCAUUGCUUUCUUUUGGAAUGUAAGGCUACUCGUCCCAUCACGAAGCAUCAUGGUUUUUGCUGUUUGGACUCGUUAGUUGUAUAGGUCAAUGUUUCUUGAGUAUGUAACUGACCCGACCAGGUCGCUCGAACUGUGUUUUGAUUUCAAUCUAGUAAGUUUUCCGAAGAGCUGUUCAGAGUUCAGACUUAAAGGUGGUCACACUGAUGCACUCGAUUGUCAUACGGACGUUCAGAAAACUUCCCAAUCUUCCAGAGCAAAGCAUUAUGAGUAGUUUUCCUCUGGGCUUAGAGGCCCGUGAUAUACUCAUGUUUUUUCAUCUUGGAAAGAGAUGGACUCCCUCGCCAAUGCG